CACUCUCUGUCAGAGCGCGGCGUUGACAACCACUGGCCACUGAUCAGCCCACUUUGCACGGGUCGCGUCUCCAUGCUAGACUGCUGAAAAAGGAGCUCUGUCCCUCACAUUUUCUUUUACUUGCAAGUCAAGCAUCUGACUGAAAGCAGCAAGCCCGUCCACGGCAACAAAAGCACAAGAAGUAAAAAAAAAAAACCCUCCAAGUGAUUUUCUAGGCUCAUCACUGUCUGCACAAUGUCUGGAGAAGACGCACCUGCUCAUCAGCAAAACGCCGUGGACCAAAAGCAGGAAACCAAACCUACCGAGGAGCCCAAAACCGAGCCACCCAAGACGGAGUCCCCACCCGCCGCCGCCGCAGAGGCAGCGGCCACCCCGGCGGCGACCACCGAGAAGGUCCCUGAAGAGGAGACCUUCACCUACCGCGCUCUGGUGCUCACCGGCUACGGGGGGUAUGAUAAAGUCAAGCUGCAGGUGAAGAAAGGCAAGCCGACACUCAAGGCUGGUGAGGUCCUGGUUCGGGUCAAGGCAUGCGGACUGAACUUCGCCGACUUGAUGGCCAGACAGGGGCUGUACGACCGGCUGCCGUCCCCGCCGGUUACCCCGGGAAUGGAGUGCUCCGGGGUGGUGGAGGCUGUAGGGGAGGAAGUAACUGACAGAAAAGUUGGUGAUAAGGUUAUGGUGCUGAACCGCUUUGGGCUGUGGCAGGAGGUAGCAGUGGCGCCAGCAAACCACACCUUCCUAAUCCCAGAGGGGAUGAGUUUUGAGGAGGCAGCAGCCCUGCCUGUCAACUACAUCACCGCCUACAUGAUGCUGUUUGACUUUGGCAACCUGCGACCCAACCAGAGCGUGCUCGUCCAUGCGGCUGCAGGUGGUGUGGGGAUUGCAGCUACUCAGCUGUGCAAGACAGUGAAGGAUGUGACUGUGUUUGGCACUGCUUCAGCCAGUAAACAUGAGACCAUCACCCAGGGUGGAGUUACGCAUGCCAUUGACUAUCGCACCAAGGACUAUGUGGAGGAAGUCCGCAAGAUCAGUCCAAAAGGCAUGGACAUAAUACUGGACCCUCUUGGAGGAUCAGAUACCCAUAAGGCCUACAACCUGCUGAAGCCUAUGGGCAAACUUAUUACCUAUGGAGCGGCUAACAUGCUGGCAGGGCAAAAGAAGAACCUGCUUGCUGUGGCAAAGAACUGGUACCACCAGUUCUCCAUCCACACACUCAGCUUGAUUCAGGGAAACAAGUCGGUGUGUGGCUUCCACCUUGGCUACCUAGAUGGGGAGACAGAGCUCAUCACCGAGGCAAUGAAUACCAUUCUGGAUUUCUACAAGGACGGCAAAAUCAAACCCCGCAUUGACUCUACUUGGCAUCUUGAGCAGGUGGGUGAUGCCAUGAGAAAGAUGCAGGAAAGGAACAACAUCGGCAAAGUGAUCCUCACUACAGAGCCGAUGCCCGAGGAAGAGAAGAAGGAGGAGACCAAGAAGGAGGAUAAGAAAGAGGAUAAGAAGAAAGAGGAUAAGAAGAAGGACGACAAGAAGAAGGACGAUGCCAAGAAGGAGGAGAAGAAGGAUGACAAGAAGGAUGACAAGAAGAAGGAGGAGCCCAAGAAGGAGGAGAAGAAGGAAGAGGAGAAGAAGGAAGAACCCAAGAAGGAGGAGAAGUGAGAGGGUUGAAUGGAUGGAUAGUCAAGCAGACCAGCAGGGAGUUUGUGUCUUGGGAUCUCGGGUGUGGUGUGGGAUUGUGGGGAUGGAUUUGGCAAUUUAGAUGGAUGGGGUGGGGUUGGGGGGGAAGUAAGAAUGGGAAUGGGUUAGAAGGAUGGAUUAGAAAAUGAUCACAGCAUUGUCAGUCUUUCACAUCCCCUCUCCAUCACCUUUUGGGUCCACAAUGACAGCGAUUACUCAGACCUGGCUCCACCCACCUCCCCCUCCCUUCCUUUUCUUGCAUUUAUGUCUUAAAGAUUCUGAUCACAUCGAAGCUCCGAACCGAUCUUCCUCUCUGACAUUGAGCGGAAACGGCCAAAAAAAACAAAAAAAAACAAAAACAUAACGAUAAUGGCAGAGACAGAAGGACCAUGGAGGAUUGUGGGUACGGUCCAGGCCUGGGGCAAAUUACUGUUUCCCUGACAACAAUAAUCCCCGCUCUCACGCCGGCCCCACCCUCGACCCCGUGCCCCUCUGCACCUCAGCUCCCACUGUGCUAAAUUGUUCUGCUCUGACUUCCACCUGCCACCUCUGCUUCCCCAUCCCCUCACUGUGCUGAGUCCCCACCCUGCCCCCACCCCACACACACACCUCCCACACCACCGCCCCUGCCCACCCACCCUCAGGCCGGACCCACAGACAGGCACAAAGACGGGCAGUAAAAUGAGAGAACCACACCCACCCACACGUUGCUCUCAGUGUCCAACGCUUAGUUAUGUCACCAAGGAUGAGUCAGAGAUGCCUGUGAUUGGCUGGUGCACCUCCUCUGGAGAUAUUUGCAUCAUGGCUUUUAUCAUGAUGUUUUAUGGCUCAGACAAUAGUGUUAAUACUGCAAGACCUAACCCUGGUUGUCAUUUAUGUGGACUUAGCUCGAAGCUUGUAUCGGUGUUCAUAUAAAGCAAGGCGAAAACCUCUCAACAAUGCAUUCGUUCCCACCAAAUUAAGUGAAGAUAAUAUAGAGUCUGCGGUUUUGCACUAGCCUGAAUAUGAAUUUGCCUCAUAAUGAGCCUUUCAGUCCAACGUUGAAUAGAGAGGCAGAAAUCAUUGCUCAGCUUCCUUCUCCUUAGUUACAGAUUUUUCUAGCUGACCAACUGUUGGCAAGAAGUGCACAGUGCCAAUUAAGGGAGAAUUUGUUUCUGUUUAAACAAGUACACACACAAACAUACACUCUCGGAGUGUGAUGAAUGAAGCACUGUCAUGUUGAGAUAGCGAAUCGUCUGAAAUGAGCAAGUUAAGAAGGUGAAUACCAGUUUAGUUUUUAGUUCACUCUGGAUAAGGCUUUCUUCCUCCUCACUCCUCCUUGAGGAAUUCCAUGGCUCCUUUCACAGCGACCACUCGCCUGUCGAUCAUCCUGACCUGAGAGAGGAGAAUUCACUUCAAGCUGGCGUCCAUACUUUGCCUUCCCUCCCCUCUCUCUCUCCUCUCUCUCCCUCUCUCUCUCCUCUCUCUUGCUCUCUCUCUCUCACUUGCACUACUCCACUCUCUCCCUCCUCUUUCCACUUCCCUCUCUAUGGUCGGCAUAGCAACAGGCGUCAGGCUCGUCAGAGAUGGCACUGUGGUUUGUUUCUCCCCCUCUCCCAGAGUCUCUUCUUUCUGCUUUCUUAGUCUACAUUUGCCAACAGUUGGUGCUGUCGACACGUACUUCAACAGGUGUAAAAUGUAUUGAGAAUGAGGAGCUGAAGCAUAGAGUCUUAAAGGCUUAGGCCUUUAAGACUCUAUAUAGAGAUAGAGCGAUGUCUGCCUCCUCUUGAAUAUGAUGAAAUUGGACAGCACUUGCUUUAAGGUGGUCAAACUAUUUUCCUCAAACUACACAUGACUCUGUGCAAAAGGAAGAGUGAAUCUGCCCAUGACAAGAAGCUCAUGCUCACAACCAAGUGGUUAGAUUAAUAGCUUCCUACUUUGCACAGCCAGCUGCACUCUUCUUUUAGUCUGCUGUUCUCAAGUUUUGUGGAUUUGUUUGCAUAACUGGGCCAUGAUUCCUGGAAAAAGAUACUGCUGCUGAGCUGUUCAGAUGCAUUUCAUUUGAGCACCUGAGGCAAGUGCCAUAUAGUUUCACUGUGUUCAAGAGAAGUUAGACACCUUUACAGCCAGUCUCUUGAAAACUGGGCACUGAGACCAUCUAAAUUUGUUUCUUUUCUUUUUCUUGGAGAGUGAAUUAUCCCUUCAAGGCCAGUCCUUCAUAUUUCAUCGCGCCAAAUCCUUCACGUCUGAGUCAAUCAACUUUAAACCUUGACUAUUUAUCCACCUGCCCGCCUCACUGCCUGUCUGUGAGUCUGGCCUCUGUGUCGAGACUCAGAUGGUGACUAGUGACUUUGUAAAAAAAAACAAAAACAAAAACAAAAAAAUGUUUCCAAAAAAACGGAGAAAAAAAAAGUUGUUGUGUUAGCAUGAGUGGCCUCCCUCAUGUGCUGUGUGUGGUGUGCCAUUAUGUGUGAAGAUGUGCGUGUGUCCUCAGGUCAUUUGUCAGGUUUUAAAAGCACCCCCCCCCAAACUCCUACCAGACGUUCCCUCCUUACACUACUCUGCUACAGUACGAUGUAGCUCUGAAACCAACCAACACAUCUUACUCUAUCUCUCCCUCCUUCUGAUAAGAGGCCUGUAUUAUGAGGACAGUUGGUAUUAGUAUUUUGCACUCUGCUCGCUGAUCUUAAUGCACUUGCAAGCAUGGCGGUCUCACUCCAGUCCAGCACAGCCUUUGAUUUUGCUCCAGGUUUGCAGCCCAUUUCCCAUCAUGCGCUCCCACUGUAUCUGCUAAAGCUCACUGAAAGCACAGGUGGCACACACACACACAGAAACACACAAACUCAUGUAAAAGUCCCCUCAUUUUCAGCUUGCCAACUUCUCCUGGGUGGCAGCUAAAAUCAAAGCAUUCAUCCAUCCUUGACUGUGGGAAGUAAAACGCGGAGCAGGUCCGAGCGACGUGGGCUGGAGUGCGACCGGCACGCUGGUGUGGGGAGUGAUUGUGUCCUGUCAGCCUCUGGUUAGUGUUCUGUUCUAAUCUGCUGGGCUCCCUUUGUGAACCUGUGGACGGUGCUUCUGUUCCGAGUGCCAUGUGAGAAACAAACGCUUCAGUUUUGAAAUGAGAAAAAAAAAAAAAAAGAUGUUUUACUUACUAUGUUAUUUUUGAUUUACCUUUAUAUUUUUGUUCGUUUGUUUGUUUUUUGUUAUCCAAGGGUUUAAAGUUCAAAGCUCAUACUCUUAUGUGGGGACUUGCCAACCUGCACUCCUCUUUAAAUGUGAUAAAGUCUUUCUGUUGGUUUAAACCAUGUGUGCCAAAUUGUAUGUAUAUUCCUCUGUCCAUGCUUUGAAUAUUAACAGUGCAUAAAAAAAUAUGAAGAAAAUUCUGUUGUUGGAUGCAUUUCCGUCAACCUUGAAGAAAAGAGAGAAAAAAAGAAAAAUUCACACAAGUUGUCACAUUGUGUCAGAUUUAUAUCCCAAAAUGCUCACAGGUGCUGACAGAAUUUUGCUGCAGUUUAUAAAAGGUUUAACACAAUCUGUAUUUGGUGAUUGGUUGUAGUCUUGCUGAAGCAUCGGCCUGUAUUGUGCCUCUCCUUACCUCAAUCUGAGAUGUAUUUAGUAAAUGCUUUUCGCUGUGUUUUACCAGGUCUCACAUCAUAUCAGCCCCAAUAGGAUGAUUCCCUCUGUUGGUUUACAGCUAUAACAUCAGUAUACAGUGAAGAGGAACAAAACAUGGUGGAUUUAAGACUCAAAACUCCACCACACCAAAAGACGGUCGUAAAUCUGCAAAUUUCCCCCAGCUCCAACGCUCUGUGCUAUUCCUCUCUAUGGAUUUAUUUUCUUUCAGUUUGUUUCCAAAAUGGUUUGUAUAACAAGUGAGGGACCAGAUGUUUUUUACACAGCUGUGCAGGGAAGCCAGUACUGUAACACAGCUGAGCACAGCCUCUGCUUAUUGGCUAAUCAUAGCUCAGUUCUGGCCUGCCCCAGACACAACAUUUCCGCUUUGCAGUUGAUCUCAGUUCACUCAAGGAUUAUUAAGAGUCCUUCCUCUUUUCCUGUGCUGCAUCUGCAAAACCUCUUGGCCGGUGCAACAGUUGCAGUCCAGCAGCCAGCCAAAAACUCCUCUCCAUAUCAGCCUCUUCCUCCUGCAUACACAUUCAAAGAAAAUAGAGCGUUACUUUGACAUCUGGAAUUUGAAAUUGCAUGCAUUCAUCUGCAUGUGGAAAACAGAUUAAAAUCCCUUUUCUUUUUUUUUUUUCUUUCAACAUUUUCCCCGGGGGAAUUUUGAACUGAGAUGCCUUUGACAUGAACUCAGUCAAUCAGCGGGGUGGGUGUUUCGCGUCUUGAAUUCGGGUUCAAGUGGAUCCGUCGGUUAAAGUAAAACCCACCCCUUCCUACUGUGGCCUGCAGCCUGAGAGCUUUUCCACCGUGGUGAAGCUGAAUUGUAAUCUCAUCUUGAAAUGGUUUCCCAGUCAUUCCAGACACUUAUGCAAGAGUACUUAACAACUCAGAGAUGCAAGGGAGGGACAAAAAAAAAGUAUUUCAAAGUUUUCCAAAAAAAUUAAAGUGUUUUUUUUUUUUUGAACAUUUUAAAUUUGAUUAUACUGUCACUCAUAGUUUUAGAUCUAAAGAAAGUGAGUACAGUGAGUGUUGUAUUUCCAGCAGCUACUUUUCUAUCCGUCUUGGCUUGAAGCUGUAGUCCCUCACAGCCACCCACCGUUCAGCUUUGUGGUGAUUUAUUUCUUCUAUAUGGUUUCUCAGGUCAUUCCGAACAGCAGUUUUCCCUAUGUAGGAACCCACUUAAAUCUGAAUUUACUAACACACACAUCAUUGUUUCACUGAGUUAACUGCACAAACUGUCACACCAAUUUUCCUUCACAGUACUCACAUUUUAUGUAAGCUUUAGUGUUCUCAGUCAAAAAAGGGAGGAUGAAAGUGGCUUAGUUCCACAGUCAGAGCCACUGUGUUCGCUACACUACGAACUCAAACGACCACAUCUGCCUGCAGCUAUUAUCCUUAGCAGUCGUUUUUGAGAUAUUGCAAUGCAGCUGCAUUGCAGAGAUGCUAAGGAAGUACAACCUGGCUGGGCGUGUCAUGUACAAUACUAGAAUGGAUGUUUAGUCAACAACAACAACAACAACAACAACAAAAUAAAGCAUGUGUGUAUGUACCGUUCUGUGUCUUUCACAUUAGUUUAGUAGUCAUGUAGUAGUGUGGUGUGUGAGAGAGGAGAAUGCCAGCCUGCUGCCCCCCUGCGUCACCUGAGACCCUUCAGCAUGGGAACCUCCAUGGCAAGCUGGUACAUUUACAAGACAUCUUAACCUAUCUCUGGGAAUGUUUCAGAAACCCACUUCACAUCCAUCCUACUCCACACCUGUCAGUGACCGCUGGUAACUUUCUACAAGGCAUACCCAACAGGUUGAUUUCUAUAUUUCCUAUACUCUGUCCUUUCUUGUCUUGUUUUGGACAAGAAAGGACAGAGACUCUUUCUUUUCUUUUUUUUUUCUCCUUCUUUGUUUUUAAAUGGUUGCAAACACACUUUCUCGUCUCAACUUUGUUUUUUAAACCCUUUGAAUUGAUGCUGCUUCUGUGCUUGACUCUGGGUUUACUGCGUGGUGCCAUGUUCUCCACAUGGCCUUUAGAGCUUGUAACGCUUCAGUGUGUAAUGUUACCAUAUGCCUUACAUGUUUUCCAGGACUAAUAAAAAAAAGCAUAAUAAAAAAAAAA